AUGGCACCAAGUGCCACUCAUUUUCAUGACUAUUCUGUUAAAGGUGACCUGAAAAAAAUGCGUUUCUUAUUUUUGACGCUAAUGGUGGACAAUGAAACCGGAAUUCCACAUAAACGCUCUGUUGGCAGGGAAAAUGGCAACGUAAAUCCGAGGCCUCCAGUUAUUAACGCCAGUUUGAUUGAUUAUGCAGAGGAGGAUCAGCGACACAUCAAGACUUAUGCCAUUGUACCUCCGGUGCCAUAA